AUGGACAUCAUUUCGUUCGUAUCAAACCUCCGCCAGGAGGCUCUCCUGCUGGGCGACUACAAUGCCGUUCGAGGGAUGUGCUCACGUCGGCUAGCAACUCUCCGGAAACGCCUUGGACGUGCAAACAAGAAAAAGUUCGCGCAGCAGCCUCCAUUGACUGCUGAAGAUGUCGGAAAUGAUCAUACGCAUAUUCAUUUACUAUUGUAUUCCUCUGAACGGGCAUACUCCCACGCAAUGCACUUGAAAUCACUACUCGCCGACGAUGCCUCUACAGCUACCCCAGCAAUGCGCGCCCACUCUGUUUCUCGCCUCCAUAAGGCCUAUACCCAUGCAACAGCAUUGUGCACCCUCCUCUCAGACCCCGUCUCAAAAGCCACAGAGAAGGACGUACUAGAGGCACACGCCUAUGCUGCUUCUCUGCGCGGUUCAGAAGCUUUCGAGAAAUCCCAUUGGGAAGCUUCAAUAGUAGCCUUUUCUGAAGCUAGGAUCAUCUACUCUGUACUACUCAACAGCAACAAGAACGAGCUAUAUAGAGACCAGUUGACCAGCACUAUCGACCCAAGCAUAAGGUACUCCGCUUACCAGCUACAGCUUCCAAGGAACAUGGGUGUUGCCACCAUCUCCCGAAAGUAUUUCCCGCGCGAACAAGCUGAGAAGGUGGUAACUGUAAUUGAAGCAUUGGACCCCAGCAUCUUCUCUGAGUCCGAUGAGGACACGCCAAUGGCAGGCACUGCGGGCUCUGUCUCGUCAGUGACUUGGCGCUCCCAUUCUGCUCCGGUGGAUAAUGCGGAAAUAUCAGUCGCUUUGGCAGGUGCACAAGCUGUGGAAAAUGCGUAUUACGCUAAAACACCUGGAGAGGCAGCUUCUACUGAGGCAUUUGAUGAUGUUUUGGCUGCAUGGCAGGAAGCGGUUGACGCUACGAAGAAGGCGAUUGAUGAUCUGCAGGCAGAAAAUGUCAAAAUGGAAGAUCAAAGGAUGCAGAACCUGCAGCUGACCUCGACUGUUGUCAACUACUCUUUGAUCUGCUGGAGGGUUGCGAGGAAUCGUGUCAUGAUACAGGGAAUCGCGCAGGGUGGAAAGAAAGGGAAAAAAGGUGGACCUGAAAUUAGAGUUAAGAAGCUUGGGCACUUGAAAGAGGAGGUAGCUCUGUACGAUGCUAUCUUGCAGAGUCUUGAACAAGUCUACGACCUUCCAGGUGUCGCUCGUGAUGAAGAAUUCACUAAAGAGCUUGACAGCAAAAAGGCAUAUUUUUCAGCCUCCAAAUGUGCAAUAAUCGCACAAUCGCACGCCCUCCUCUCCAACCGUAGAAACGCACUGGCCCUCCUUAACCGUGCCCUGUCCUAUGUCUCCACACCCCAUGUUUCCUCUGCUUCUAUCCCCUCCCACAAAGGGCUCGAGAUUGAUUCAGAAACUGCUUCUGAAAUACGAACACGUCUCAAAGGCGAAGUUUCGCGAUUCCAAGCACUAGUAGAGAUGGACAAUAUUGCCGCCAAAACAGCCACGAAAGGGGGUAACAGCGGGGUUGUAUUGGAAAGGCUAGACAAGUACCCUGAGGGUAAAGACUUUGAUUUUGAAAAUGGAAUUGUGCAAUGGCCACCAAAAGUUUCACCGGUCCCGGUAAAGCCAGUGUUCUUGGAUGUUGCGUGGAACUUUAUCGAGUACCCGGGUGAUGGUGGACCAAGGGCUGUUGUAGAAACCAAGGAAAAGGAGAGCAAGGCAGAGACGAAGAAGGGUGGCUUCUUGGGCAGCUUGUGGGGAAGGUAG